AUGGACAGUAGUUUGACUUACGUGAGAGGUGAGGAAAAUCUGAAAGGAUGGCGACCGCGUGGUGAUUCACUCAUCAUUGAGCAUCAGUGGGAAUUGGGUCGAUUUGGUCGCAUUGAACUCGUGGAAAAAUCCCGACAUCUGGUGCUAUUACGAGAUAUUCUUAACCGAGACGGACGCACAAAGUCUCGGGCUGAACUGGAUGAAACGGUCAAGGCUGCACGGAAGGCCACACGUCGAAAGCAAACAGUGAAAGUUUUCACACGUCGAACGGAUACACUGAAAGCACUUGACUAUCCUGAACAGACCGAAAACACAGUUACACAAAUGAGCAAGCCGUCGACAGAGACCGAUACACAAUCCGACAGUGGCAUCACCGGGUCGGUUACAACUGUAGCUACCAGUACAGAUGGACCGGGCGCAAAAGAGUCCGGAAGAAAAGCGAAAGAGCCCUUUAUCACAACUGAAAGCAGAAAAUUGUUAGAUACACAAUUUGACAUGACGGAACAGGAUGAUCCAAUGUCUCGAAGCCUGUUCGAGAUGGACGAACAGGCCUUGGCCCAACUGACUGCCAGUUCAAUGUCCAUGAAAGAAUACCGUGACCGGAUGAUGAUUUCCCGUUGUCUUGAUGUACUGAUGUCAAGUUUGCCCAUGCAGCACAGUUUAACUUCUGGCGUGAUUGCUUCACAAAACAAUGACGGAGGGGAGUCAACUGAGAGUGACAGCUUUCUGACCGGAUCGUCCAGUCAACUGGAUGUUAGAGGCAAUGCAGCCCCGCCCGGUCCCACAUACGAGGCAAUGGAUGUGUCCACUGGAGCAGCGUCNGCAGCGUCCGAUCGAGGAGUUAAUCAGCCGAAAUUGGAAGAACCGGUCACGGGAAUUCCACGAUCAGCCACAAUGGAAUCACUAAGAAGUCAUUUACACACGGACAAUCCGGCUCUGCAUCCGAAACACGUGGUACAAAGACUGAUAGGUGAAUGUGAUGAAGUACGUGUCAGUCCGGUUAUAAGCCGAAAAGGAUAUCUUCUGAUUCUGGAAGAAAAAACAGCCGGCUGGGUCCGUCGGUGGGCAGUGGUGCGUCGUCCAUUCCUCUAUUUGUACGCGGACGAGAAAGAUCUGGUUGAACGGGGACUGAUCAACUUGAACACAGCCCAUUUAGAAUACGAUAUCAAUCUCGCGUACGCAUCCGAAGCGGAACUGUUGAACCAAAUCAGUCAUUCUCGAAACGCAUCUAAAGUGGCUGUGACCUCAAAGAACGGAGAACCAGUUGGCUCGCCUACUUCGCUCGUCUCAUGUCGAUUCAAUAUGUUCACUCUGAUUGCACAGCACCACACUCUGCUCAUUCAGACGUGUUCCGAGGAUGGCACUGAUGUCCAUGACUGGCUCUAUGCGUUCAAUCCUUUGAUGGCCGGAGAGAUUCGGUAA